CAAAACUGCCCAAUAAAACACCACAAGCAAAGUAUUCAAUGUACUUUCAGCAGGAUCAGGUACCUUUAGUGGACUUUUCUUUUUCUUUUUCUUUUUCUUUUUACGCUUUUCUUCCCUCCUUUUAGCCGGACCUCUUCUUAAAAAAUAAAAAAAUCUUUCCUUCAGAAGCAGCACGCCUCUCGAGCCCCAAUAGUUAAGAAAACCACGCAAACGUAGCAGAUGUAACAACAGCCUUCCACUGGCCGGAGAUUGAUAGUCAACAAGUGCUACGUGAUGACCAGAGCUCCAGGGAAGGGCAGUGCUCGCAGCAACGCGGAAGGUCACCCAAGUGAGCAAGACAAGGGUAAGACAGGGGCAAGAGGGAGGGGUCAGGCCUCCUGUUCGGCGGUCAGGUACACCAGUAUAUAUGCAACGUUUAUAAGAAUGAAGCCUUGACUCAAGCCUUGUAUUUGUUCUGCUGUUCAGGAAGGUGACGCUGCAGACCAAGACCUCUCCUUUACCCUCAGCAGCAGCACUACACACCACAUCGCCUCUGCCCAAACCCACCCCAGGAUGGUGGGGUGCAGCGCUGCACUCCUGAUGUCACUCCUGACCUCAGUGGCGGCCUUCUCCAUUAUCCAGUUCCCAGGCAUUAAAUAUCAUAAUUAUCCGGACUACAUCUACUAUCCCCGUGUGGAAUGUACAACCAAUGGCUUCUUCCGUCACCCCAGAAACUGCUCCUUCUACUACUUGUGUCAAGCUAGAAUUGUCCCCGGUUACUUCAGUGUUUACCACUUCCAAUGUGAGCCGGGCACUGUCUACCACGAGAACUACAGCCAGUGUGUCCAUCCAUACAAUGCCCCUCCACCGUGCGGCACCACUAUGCAAGCCGCCACCACCACCACCACCACCACUACCACCACCACCACCACUCCAUGCAGCACUACGUCUUCCACUACACUAAACACCACGUCAACUAGCCACUCUCAAACAACACCCACACCAACUAGCCACUCUCCCACCACACCCACACCAACUAGCCACUCUCCCACCACACCCACACCAACUAGCCACUCUCCCACCACACCAACUAGCCACUUUCCCACCACACCAACUAGCCACUCUUCCACCACACCAACUAGCCACUCUCCCACCACCCACUCUUCCACCACACCCACACCAACUAGCCACUCUCCCACCACACCAACUAGCCACUCUCCCACUACACCCACACCAACUAGCCUUUCUCCCACCGCACCCACACCAACUAGCCACUCUUCCACCACACCCACACCAACUAGCCACUCUCCCACCACACCCACACCAACUAGUCACUCUCCCACCACACCAACUAGCCACUCUCCCACCACACCUACACCAACUAGCCACUCUUCCACCGCACCCACACCAACUAGCCACUCUUCCACCACACCCACACCAACUAGCCACUCUCCCACCACACCAACUAGCCACUCUCCCACCACACCCACACCAACUAGCCACUCUCCCACCACACCCACCCACUCUCCCACCACACCAACUAGCCACUCUCCCACCACACCCACACCAACUAGCCUUUCUCCCACCGCACCCACACCAACUAGCCACUCUUCCACCACACCCACACCAACUAGCCACUCUCCCACCACACCCACACCAACUAGUCACUCUCCCACCACACCAACUAGCCACUCUCCCACCACACCUACACCAACUAGCCACUCUUCCACCGCACCCACACCAACUAGCCACUCUUCCACCACACCCAAACCAACUAGCCACUCUCCCACCACACCAACUAGCCACUCUCCCACCACACCCACACCAACUACAACUAGCCACUCUCCCACCACACCAACUAGCCACUCUCCCACCACACCCACACCAACUAGCCACUCUCCCACCACACCAACUAGCCACUCUCCCACCACACCCACACCAACUAGCCACUCUCCCACCACACCAUCUAGCCACUCUCCCACCACAUCCACACCAACUAGCCACUCUCCCACCACACCAUCUAGCCACUCUCCCACCACAUCCACACCAACUAGCCACUCUCCCACCACACCAACUACCCACUCUCAAACAACACCCACACCAACUAGCCACUCUCCCACCAAACCCACACCAACUAGCCACUCUCCCACCACACCCACACCAACUAGCCACUCUCCCACCACACCAACAAGCCACUCUCCCACCACACCCACACCAACUAGCCACUCUCCCACCAAACCAACUAGCCACUCUCCCACCACACCCACACCAACUAGCCACUAUCCCACCAGACCAACUAGCCACUCACCCACCACACCAACUAGCCACUCUCCCACCACACCAACUAGCCACUCUCUCACCACACCCACACCAACCAGCCACUCUUCCACCACACCCACAUCAACUAGCCACUCUCCCACCACACCACCUAGCCACUCUCCAAGCACACCCACACCAACUAGCCACUCUCCCACCACACAAACACCAACUAGCCACUCUCCCACCACACCCACACCAACUGGCGACUCUCCCACCACACCCACACCCACUAGCCUCUCUCCCACUACACCAACUAGCCACUCUCCUACCACACCAAUUAGCCACUCUCCCAUCACACCCACACCAACUAGCGAAUCUCCCACCACACCCACACCCACUAGCCUCUCUCCCACCACACUAACUAGUCACUCUCCCACCACACCAACUAGCCACUCUCCCACCACACCAACUAGCCACUCUCCCACCACACCUAUACCAACUAGCUAUUCUCCCACCACACCAACUAGCCACUCUCCCACCACACCAACUAGCCACUCUCCCACUACACCCACACCAAGCAGCCACUCUCCCACCACAACCACACCAACCAGCCACUCUCCUACCACACCCACAGCAACUAACCACUUUCCCAUCACACCAACUAGCCACUCUCCCACCACACCUAAACCAACUAAGCAUUCUCCCACCACACCAACUAGCCACUCUCCUACCAAGCCAACUAGCCACUCUCCCACCACACCCACACCCACUAGCCAUUCUCCCACCACGCCAACUAGCCACUCUCCCACCACACCCACACCAACUAGCCACUCUCCCACCACACCCACACAAACUAGCCACUCUCCCACCACACCCACACCAACCAGCCACUCUCCUACCACACCCUCACCAAGCAGCCACUCUCCUACCACACCAACUAGCCACUCACCCACCACACCCAAACCAACUAGCCACUCUCCCACCACACCAACUAGCCACUCUCAAACAACACCCACACCAACUAGCCACUCUCCCACCACAUCCACACAAACUAGCCACUCUCCCACCACACCCACACCAACUAGUCAUUUUCCCGCAAUACCAACUAGCCACUCUCCCACCACACCAACUAGCCACUCUCCCACCACACCCACACCGACCAGCCACUCUCCCACCACACCACCUAGCCACUCUCCUACCACUCCAACAAGCCACUCUCCCACAACACCCACACCAACUAGCCAUUCUCCCAACACACCAAUUAGCCACUCUCCAACAGCAUCCACAUCAACUAGCCAACUUCCUGUCCGACCAUCUACCCUCACACCCACACCAACACCACCUGAACCACCUCAACCACCUGAUCCUACCAUCCAACCACCCAGACCACCUACUUCUACCAUCCAACCACCCCAUCCAACCAUCCGACCACCCCAUCCAACUAUCCGACCACCCCGUCCAACCAUCCAACCACCCCGUCCAACCAUCCGACCACCCAGACCACCUUUUCCUACCAUCCAACCACCCCGUCCAACUGUCCGACCACCCCGUCCAACCAUCCGACCAUCCCGUCCAACCAUCCGACCACCCAGACCACCCCGUCCAAUCAUCCGACCACCCCGUCCAAUCAUCCGACCACCCCAUCCAACCAUCCGACCACCCAGACCACCCAUCUGGCCACCCCGACCAAUUCCCUGGAUACCACCUAUCAAUCCAACCCGACCAUCCCGUCCAAUCAUUCGGCCACCACGACCAAUCUGGCCACCUCGUCCAGUCAUUCGACCACGACCAAUCCAACCAUCCCGUCCAACCAUCUCAAGACAUCCAACAUUCCACGAACAUUUUUCAUCAUCGUAUGAACAUGCACAAGGGCAUCACAAACCUAAAAGACCAUCCAAAUCAAAUCAACCAUUCAUCAGCCGCCCUGGCCACUAUCCAUCUAAGCCCAAAGUGCGUGAAGACCAGCACCAUCCUUCCAGUACACAUUCUGACCAUCCACCUCAUGAGUAUAACGAUUCAAUGGGAUCUGAACAUUCUGAGCCAUCCUUCAGAACUUCAGGCUUCACAACGGAAAAUCUUGUUUUAGCCUUGAAUACUGAAGAUGACAAGGAAUCCUACCAGAAUCAUUCAUCUGCUUCCUCCCAACACAAGUACUCCCCUCCCGCCAUCCUGACGCUCUCUCUGACACACACUCCAGUCUUCCAGUGCUCCGAUACCUCAAGGAACUACAUCCAGCGCAGCAUUCCUCAGCUUCAGUGUGAUGACUUCUUCUUCUGCGACCUUGAUGGCACCUACCGGGGCCGGCAGAUGCUGUGUCGCGCCUACUAUCACUGCCAGCACGGCCACGGCGGGGACUGGGAAGUGGAGCUGAGGAUCUGCCCAGGGGAAACACUCUACAGCAAGGAAGCUGACGAGUGCGCUGCUAUCCCGUCAGAUGACGUGCUGUGUUACCAUCCUUUGUAAUACAAAACAAUCGGAGAGGAUAAAUGAUAAAUAAUAAUUCUCUCUCUCUCUCUCUCUCCUCUCUCUCUCUCUCUCUCUCUCUCUCUCUCUCUCUCUCUCUCUCUCUCUCUCUCUCUCUCUAAGUUGUUCAGUGCUGACAAAAUACGUGUAGCUCUUAAAGAAAGCUUACAAAACUCACCUUUUUUCCUUUUCUUCUCCCUCUCUUUUUUUCGCAAAAUUUUAAUAUAUUUAAGCAUUUUUUUUAAUAAGAAACUCCUGCUUUUUAUUUUUAACAAUUUGCUUUUCGAGUUUGAUAAAAAAAAACUACUUGAAACGAAAAGCAACUUUCAUGUUUCCCUCUUCUUUUUUUCUUUUACGAAAAUCUUUUACGGUUUUUUUCUUUUACGAAUCUACCACACUGUUAAUACUGCAGGCAAGAAGAUAUGUAUUAUGGAUAUGAAGGGAAAUGUACUUGUUGAUUUUGAGAAUAAACGUUUUGGUGUAUCA